AAACUUUCAGUUGUUUGUGACAUACAUUUGUCUAGAAAAUAAUUAUGUUUCAUGUUAAACCACUGCACUCUUGUGAAAGCGUAGUUUAGUUAAAGCCCGACCGCCUACGUGGCAGAAUCUUUUGCACUUUUUAAUUAAACGACCGCUGCUGCAGCGCAUAGUCUAAACCGUUGUAAAUAUUUGCAGUUGUUGAUUGGAAUGGAACAAUUUCCACAAAGACAGUUGUUUGGUAGAGCUAUUUCCACUACUUUUCCACUUAGGUUUGAGGAUGUGAGCAAUAUUCGUGAAGUUCCUGAUCAUCAGGAGGUGUUUGUGGACCCUGCACGCGACGAGAGCCUGAUAAUCGAGCUCUUAGAAAUGAAGCAUGACUUAGCAGACAAUGCAAGUGCCACUUGGUUUCUACAAGACCUUGCAACAGAACAAGCGGCUGAGGGCAACAUCGUGACUGAACAAUCGGCAGUGUUCGAGGCGCAAGGAUUGGGAUACAGAAACAUACCUUCUGUCAUAACAACUGCUACUGCUCAAAUGGCUAUAUCCAAGGGACGCCAGGGAAGAGAAGCACAAAAUCUUGUUAAGGUAUAUCUGGCGAAUUUGCGACUCAAAGGAGUUGGAACAGAUGUACUCAUCACUGCAUACGAGCCUGUUUUCAUAAACCCGUCUAGCGAAAGUGCAAGAUCGGUUGGAGCCGGUUUAACCGUGCCUGCUGCAGAGUUGGGACGUACGCCAAUGGCUGAUGUUUUUAAACAAGCGGUUGCUACAUUCCGAGUCAAUGAUUGGAACCUGUUUGGUGCUUCUGCCCUUUGAUUCUUUGAAAAGGCUAUUUUGUUGGGGGUUCUUUUUUUGUUUUUUUUGAUUAUAUACUAAAAAUAUGUUUUGAUUCAAUACAAAGUUGGUAUUUAUUUAUAUAA